GUGCCAUUUGCCGAAAACAGAACACAAACAAACGUACCCAGUGUCUGCAUCUCUCUCCCUCUCUCUACCAUUAUUCUCUCUCAACUCUCUACUCUCUACCUUACCUUCCUCCUUCAUUUCGCUCGAUGCUUCCCUAGGGUUUCUCUUCUUCCCAGUUGAAGCUGCAGCUGCAUCAAUGCGCCCAUCGCUCUCCACCUACUGGGUUUGCUAGCUGGUAAAAAGAGUGGAUAUGCCGUUCAAACUUCAAGUUUGAUUUUACCAAUGAAUGGUUUGGAUUUUAGAGGUUGGAUUUCAGGUUUUUUCUCCUUGACUGGUGUAAGAUGAAUCAUUGACUUGAGCAUUGCGAGUCAUAGUGUUUGUGUCAGCUGUACUAUGAAACACUAGGUUAGCUGAGCAUUUUUGUUGUAAUGGGUUCGUUUUCUGGGACUUGUGAAAUAGUUGAAACGAGGAAGGAGCGAAGCCCAGGGAAAGCUGUAGGGAUUUAUCCUUCCGAUUCUCAGUUUAACAAGUCUGAUAGAAAUCUGCUGAAACUGGUAUACAAGGAUAAUCUAGAUGAUGAUAUUAAUAAGCUGUUUGAAUCAAUUGCUCUUAAAUCAUCAUCAAGGGAUUUGGGCCUUUUCCAAGAUGGUACAAGUCCUAAGAUGAAAAAUGCAUCAAAAAAGCCAAUCAUAAUGGGUGUUUCUCGGUCCCCAAAAGCUGGAACUUCUGAGCCUGUUAAUUUGAAGCAGGCGUUAAGGGACCAUUGCAUAUCUAAGGCAUCAGAAAUGGCUGCUAUGAAACGAUUAUCAAAGUCCUCAGCUUCUCCUAGAAUAUCAGAGGUUGGCAAGAUACAGACAUUGUACAAUUCAGUUGUUGCUGAAACAGGUCAAUCUGGGCCUUCUUAUGUUGAGAGUAAGGGGUGUACAGUGGAAAUUUCUCUUGUACCAGAAAAAAGCAAGUCACCCUCCAUGGAGCAAACUUCUCAUUCUCAUCAAACUUUCCAAAUCACAUCAUCAAGCCCAAGUACAGUUAUAAUUCAAUCACAGUGCGUGGUACCUGUUCAAGCAGAAAAACUUACAUCUGCAUCUUCUCCAUCUCUUUGCAAUGCAUUUGGAAGCAAAUUAGAGUUGCCUGAAAAUGCUCCUUCCCCUAAAAAGCUAGGAAAUAAGGCCUCUGUUUCAAAUACUGCACCGAAAAGUAGGUUGCAAACAGUAUCUUCUUCAUCUACUUCUGUAAGUGGAAGCAGAGUUAACAAACUGCCACGCCAUGCUCCCCGAACAGUUAAAACGGUCACCAAGAACAAGAAUCAGAGUAAGAAAAAAGUAAAGGAGGAUUCAGGUUUUGCCUCGUGUGGUCCUACAUCCAAUGAAGUUAAUAAGUCAGUUGGUACAGCUCAGCUGGUUUGUGAGAGAUGUAGGUGUGCAUUAGAAACUAGCCUAGAAACUAAAAGUGAAGGAAAAAGCCAAGAUAUCAUGGCAUUAGACUCUACCAGUCCUGUAAAUGGAGUGAACUUGAAUAAUGUGCACUCUGGUUCAAAUAAGGCUGAUUUGGCAUCAACUAGCAGCAAUAAAAGCAAAGCAGUCACAAAAGUGAAGAAGAACACCAAGUUGAAAGAGCAACUUGAAUUUUCGCAAAGUUCAAAGAGUAGUCAAGGUGAGUACAGUAGUAGUACAAGUACCAGUGAUGAGAGCAAUGUAAGUGGCUCAAGUUGCGGCACCAGGCCUCAUAUGUCGAAGGAUGUUAGGUGGGAAGCCAUUCGACAUGCUCAAAUGCAGUAUGGAGUCUUGGGCUUGAGACACUUCAAUCUUUUGAAGAAACUUGGUUGUGGAGACAUUGGGACUGUAUAUCUUGCUGAACUAAUUGGCACAAGUUGCUUGUUUGCUAUAAAGGUCAUGGACAAUGAAUUUUUGGCAAGAAGGAAGAAGAUGCCUAGGGCUCAAACUGAAAGAGAAAUACUAAGGAUGCUGGAUCAUCCAUUUCUUCCCACACUGUAUGUGCAGUUUACAUCAGAUAAUCUGUCAUGUCUGGUCAUGGAAUUUUGUCCGGGUGGAGAUCUUCAUGUUCUACGGCAGAAGCAGCUUGGUCGGUGUUUUUCAGAGCCAGCAGCUAGGUUUUAUGUUGCUGAAGUCCUUCUUGUUUUGGAAUACUUGCACAUGCUUGGAAUUGUUUACCGUGAUUUGAAACCUGAAAACAUUCUUGUUCGUGAAGACGGACACAUUAUGCUCACAGAUUUUGAUCUGUCGUUGAGGUGUUCUGUUAGUCCCACGCUUCUGAAAUCAUCUUCUGAUGUUGACCCUGCAAAAGUUUCUGGUCUUAGUGCUCAAGCAAGUUGCAUUGAGCCAUUCUGCAUUCAACCAUCUUGUCAAGUUUCAUGCUUCAGCCCUAGAUUCUUACCUGCAGCUGCAAAAGCAAGGAAAAUAAAAGUUGAUGCUGUUGCCCAUGUCAGAUCACUGCCACAGCUUGUGGCCGAGCCCACAGAUGCAAGAUCAAACUCAUUUGUCGGUACACAUGAAUACUUGGCGCCUGAGAUCAUCAAAGAAGAGGGACAUGGAGCUGCAGUUGAUUGGUGGACAUUUGGUGUUUUUCUCUAUGAACUUUUAUAUGGUAGAACACCAUUCAAAGGUUCUAACAAUGAAGAAACAUUGGCAAACGUGGUGUUGCAAAGUCUUAGAUUCCCUGACAACCCAUUUGUUAGUUUUGAAGCGAGGGAUCUGAUUAGAGGGUUGUUGGCCAAAGAGCCUGAAAGCCGUUUGGGUUCUGAGAAAGGUGCUGCUGAGAUUAAACAGCAUCCCUUCUUUGAGGGCCUUAACUGGGCCUUAAUUCGAUGUGCUAUUCCACCAGAACUUCCAGAGUUUUGUGACUUUGGAGUUUCAGACAUGACCUCACAGGACAAGGGUGCCAAGUAUUUAGAGUCUAAAGCAGGAGAGCAUGUGGAAUUCGAGUUGUUUUAAAGACACUGAUGUCUUUGGAGAGUGAAAUUCAUGUUGUGGAUUCCCCAUGUUUAUGGCUGCAUGCUCCACUGUAACUUAUAUGCAAGUACUGUUGCAAAUUAGUUCUGAUGAUUUAGGAGGUUAAAGUUUUCAGAUAAUGAUUUUGAUCAUAA